CCCUAAUGAGUUAUUGUCACUGUCAUUGGUUUUGUAUUUCGCUUUGCUUUUUAGUAGUGAUUGAUGAAAUAAACUUGUAAUAAAUAAUUUUAACAGUACCAAUUCAAAUAAAUAUUACAAUGACAGAAACUUGAAUAUAAGAAAAUCUGUGGAUAAAGCUACACCCGACAUUAUGAUUCGUCAGGGUAGUAUAGAUGAUAUUAAUGCCCAUCAGUUUCUGAAGAUCUCAAACUAUGAAGACACAGUCAGACAGUUGGAUAUUUAUUAUGCUAUCGUGAAAAGACAACUAUUGAGGUUUCAGAGUCCAAUAACAGGACUCUUUCCUGUCAUGUCAUCAGACCUCCAUGUGGCAAGUGUAAGGGAUAGUAUAUAUUGUGCAUCAGCUGUAUGGGGUCUCUAUCAAGCUUAUAGGCGCAUUGAUGAUGACAGAGGCAAAUCACAUGAGUUGGGCCAAAGCACAGUGAAAUGCAUGCGUGGCAUCCUCGAGUGUUGGGUGAAGCAGUCUGCCCGGGUGGAGGCCUUCAAGACACGGCAGAGUGCUGCACACUCACUUCAUGUGAAAUUCCAUCUUACUACAGGAGAGCCGGUGCUCUCUGAUGAUCAAUAUCACCAUUUGCAAAUAGAUGUGGUGUCCCUGUAUUUAUUAUUUUUGGUACAAAUGAUCACAUCAGGGCUGCAAAUAAUUUAUACACAGGAUGAAGUAGCAUUUGUACAAAAUUUAGUGUACUAUGUUGAGCGAGCAUACAGAACACCAGACUUUGGCAUGUGGGAGAGAGGUUCCAAAUAUAAUGAUGGAAAACCUGAAAUACAUGCUUCAUCUAUUGGUAUGGCCAAGGCCGCAUUGGAAGCUAUUAAUGGAUGUAACCUGUUUGGAGACAAGGGUGCCUCGUGGAGCGUAGUUUAUGUUGACAUAGAUGCGCACAAUCGAAACAGAAGUAUUUUUGAAACUAUGCUUCCCAGAGAAUCCAGCUCAAAGGGUGUAGAUGCUGCCCUUUUACCCACAAUAUCGUUCCCAGCCUUUGCAACCCAUGAGGAACAUUUAUUACAACUCACAAAAACAAAUAUUUUACGUCGACUUAAGGGCAAAUAUGGUUUCAAACGAUUUAGCCGCGACGGAUAUAAAUGUGUUCUAGAAGACUCCAGUAGGAGGUAUUACCAUGAAGGAGAGUUGAAAGAAUUUGAUGGUAUAGAGUCUGAGUGGCCGUUGUUUUAUGUUAUGAUGAUUAUUGAUGGCGUUUUCCGGACAUUGCCCGAACAAGUGGAAGAGUACCAGAAACUACUCAAAGCAAGAAUUUAUAUGGACGAAUUUGGAGACCCUGUAAUACCUUGGUAUUACUACGUCCCUCGCGAGGGCGUCGAGAAUGAACGUAACGAGCCCAAUUCAGUGCGGAGGGUGCCGGCUAAUCUUCCGGCAGAUAGUGAAAAUAAAGAUACAGGCGGUUUGUUCCUGUGGGCGCAGUCGAUGUUCGUGCUAGCGCAGCUGCUGACGGGCGGGCUGCUGCACGUCAAUGAGCUGGACCCCAUCCGCCGCUAUCUGCCCUCCUACAAUCGACCGCGCCGCGCCGGACGCUACUCCGCAUUCCAGGCUAAAUACUCGGCGCCCGGUAUAGCGACGGAUUUGGUGGUGCAAGUUGUGCUGAUAGCGGAGUCUAUGCGUCUCCAGGCUAUGAUGGGCACCUACGGGAUACAGACCCAGACGCCGCACGAAGUCGAACCAGUACAGAUUUGUAGUUCAACGCAGCUAGUACACGUGUACAGAGAGCUGGGCGUGUGCCAGAAAUUAAAGCUGACUGGUCGUCCAAUACGACCUGUGGGAUCAUUAGGAACGAGUAAGAUUUAUCGAGUUUGUGGCAUGACAGUUUUGUGCUACCCACUUAUAUUUGAAGUCUCUGAAUUCUAUCUGUACCGAGACAUGGCGCUUCUCAUCGACGAUAUCAAAACGGAGCUACAGUUCGUUGGGAAAUACUGGCGACUAUCCGGGCGUCCGACCGUGUGCCUGCUGGUGCGCGAGGAGCACAUGCGGGACCCGCACUUCAAGCAGAUGCUGGACCUGUUCGCGAUGCUGAAGAAGGGCCACUGCGACGGCGUCAAGGUUAGGCUCGGGCGGCUGCAGAAUCUCAUUUCCAGCUCGUGCAUGGAACACUUGGACUUCAUGAGUCAAGGCGAGUUCCCGUCAGAGAUGUUCACUCAGUUCAAGCAACUAGAACACGAGUACAUCGGCUACCAAUCCCUGACCGACGUCCCCCGCACCCUCACUUACAGGGAAGAUACAAUUUCUUACGACACGUACAAACACCGCUCCACCCCGGACGUGGUAUCUGCGUUGAGGGCCACCGAUAAUAUUUACGCGCAAUGCCAGUUGUUGGGAAUUUUAUUGGAGAGAGAAGGCCCUAUGUAUGAGGUGAACGGUUCUACAGCGUUGGAUUCGCUGAAGAGCUUAUACCAAACUGCUGGCGUGCUGCGGCACUGGCGUGCCGUGCGCUACUGCUCCUCCAGACUGAACCACACCGUCGACUCCAUCAGCCCCUUCAUCACCACCGUCCUCGUCAACGGCAAGCAGUUGAUGGUGGGGGUGAUCGGGCACAAGGAGACAGUGUUCGACAAGCCCAUGACGCCGGGCGAGAUCCAGGCCGUCAUGUACUCCACCAUACAGCCCUAUGACGUCAUCGGCGCUGUGUUGCAGCAGGAAAUAGUUCUCUACUGCGGAAGGUUGAUCGGCACGAACCCGGACAUGUUCCGCGGCAUACUGAAGAUCCGCGUGGGCUGGGUGCUGGAGGCCAUCAGGAUCUACCUGGAGCUGUUCCCGGAGGAGAAACGACCUGAUGCUACCCUCGAGAGCCUCUCGCCGUACAAGUUGAGGACGUUGCUCAUCCGGGUGCUCACCGUCUCCGACUGGGCUGACGAGAAGGGACUGACUCCGAUGCAACGAAGACAGCUAGAGGGCUGCCUCUGCAGGGUGCCCAAACAUUUCUACAUACAAGUCUGGGAUAUACUGCUGCGAACGCCGAAGGGCAUCAUAGUACAUGGCCAUUCGAUCCCGGCGGAGCCGACGCUGGUGAACAUGUCCCGCUCGGAGCUGUCGUUCGCGCUGCUGGUGGAGGAGGCGCUGGUGCGCAUCGCGCGGCCGGCGCGGCGUCAGCUGAGCGUGGAGCUGCUGUGUGUGCUGGCCACCAUCCUGCGCCGCAACCCCGAGCUCACGCUGCAGCUGCCGCUCGAUCUCGACCGCUUGCUCGACGACGCACAUGAAACCUACGCUAAGGACAGCGGGUUAGCGGUAGGGUCGGAGGCGCUGGGGUCGGCGGCGCCGGGCGUGACGGUGGGCUACCUGGCGCGGGCGGUGGUCAACAGCGUGCUGCAGGCCGCCGCCGCCACCGACCUCGUCACCACCGCGCACCCCUCCUGCCUCGUCUCUUAACUCCAUACGUCUAUAGGGUAUGUUGUAUACCUAUUGCUUGUUGCUUUUGAUAGUUUAUAACGUUUUUAAAAUAUCUGUUAUGAAGUAUUGAAGAAAAUGAGAAGUAUCUGUCUUAGCAAAGAAAAAACGACCUAAUUAAGAAUUUAUAUGAUUUCCGUGGUGAUAAACGAAUUUAUUUUUUAUCAAAGAGCAUAGGCAUAGGAGGUAUUUGUUGCCUCUAUAUUGCAUCGAGUUCCCAACAUUACAAAUUUAUAUUUUGUCUCUCUUCGAAGUGUAUUGAAAUCAUGUUUUUUUUCGUUAGUAUUGAUUGACUCCUUGCAUAGAUAUCAAAUUUUACGUUAUUUUUAUGAAUAAAUAUUUAAAGGACUUGUAAUAUUCUGUAUUAUAUCUAAGAAAAAUAAUUUGUAUUGCAAAUAUUUGUUUAAAGUAGAAAAAUUUAUAGGCAUUCCAAGUAGAUUUGAAUUAUUUCAGAUAAAAUAUGUGUUGAAACUAUUUAAUAAAGUGUGCCAUAAGACCGCAAAUUAUGGUCAUGUACUUCAUAUAAUUGUUAUAUUACAUUGUUAUGGUUAAGCAAAACUUUAUUUUUACAAAAAUAAAAUAAAUUUAAAAAGUA